AUGGGUGGAUUAUGCAGCAAAAAGAAAGCAGAUCAGGGUGAAGGAGGUGACGGCGAAGGAGCACCACCACCUGCAGGCAGAGAUGGUGGAGCAGCUGGUGGAGCAGCCGGUGGAGUAGCCCAGGGUAAUAUGGCUCGUCCACAAGUAUUCUUCGAUAUCACUAUCGGUGGCAAAGCUUCUGGCCGUAUCGUCAUGGAGCUCUAUUCGGACAUCGUACCGAAAACCGCCGAAAAUUUCCGUGCCCUUUGCACUGGCGAGAAAGGCAUGGGCAAAUCGGGAAAGCCGCUUCACUACAAGGGGUGCAAGUUCCAUCGUAUCAUCCCGAACUUCAUGAUCCAAGGUGGAGAUUUCACCCGUGGAAAUGGUACUGGUGGCGAGUCCAUCUAUGGUGAGAAAUUCCCUGACGAGAACUUCAAGGAGCGACACACUGGUCCGGGAAUCCUUUCCAUGGCCAAUGCCGGGCCAAACACCAAUGGAUCGCAGUUCUUCCUUUGCACUGUGAAAACUGAAUGGCUCGAUGGCAAGCAUGUUGUAUUUGGUCGCGUUACCGAGGGCAUGGAUGUCGUGAAAGCUAUCGAAAGCUACGGUUCGCAGUCCGGAAAACCAUCGAAGGACUGCGUUAUUGCAGACUGUGGUCAGCUAUAGACGGCUGCCUGAUCUCUGUUGUUUUUCGUUCAUUCUUUUCGUAAUACCUAUGUGUGUUUACCGG